AUGUCUAAGGGCGACUCAUCCGACUCUGGCGCUCCGGCCCCUCUCGACAUGGCCGCCAUUAAACAGGCUCUGUCCUCAUCCUCGACGGCUGUCCGAAUCACUCAGUUGCGCACAAUCGAAGAAAAACUGGCCCAGAAAUCCCUUGACAGCGCCUCAAUUACAAGUCUCCUGCAGCUCCUUUUCGGAACAUAUGCCUUUUACGCAGAUAGGCAGUCCCGGUUGUCUGUGCAAAAGUGCCUGAUUGCGCUCAUUUCCUCUGGUGCCGACUCUAAGACCAUCGCCCCGCUCAUUACUGCCUUGCGCAAGGAAAGCCAGAAACCUGGCAUUGCUCCUACCAAUGCAUUCGUUCUCGUCGAAUGGUGCAGUUUGUUUAUGCAGCAUCUGGAUGCCUCGCAGUGGGACCAGUUUGCUACCGAUAUUAUCCUAGCAGAUGCUGAUGCUUUGGAAAAGUGCCACCAACCAGUCUCCAGGAAGUCAGUUACUCAUUCCGCCAUCAUUAUUACAAGGAGGGGUUUGCGGAAACUCUUCUCUUCGAAUGAAUUGGGUGAGAAACGGCUUUCUGCUACUGUUGAUGUCCUGACUGCUAAGGGGGCUCAGUCAACCCUUAGAAAUGCUGUCUUACUUGGUGUCAUCGCUGGCGUAUCUGCUAGGAAGGAUCACUUGCGACCCGUUCUCGAGUCCCUCAAAUCCAAGUAUUACGAUUUCUUUACAAGAGAGAUCAUUGGUUCUCGUACUAGUGUUCCAGAGCAUGUAGUGCUUGGACUCGGUGACUUCUUCAAUUCGUUCGCCACCCUUGAAGAAAUAUCUAAAGAACUGAUCCCCGCUCUCGAGAAGGGUCUUCUGCGUGCCCCUGAGGUCAUUCUCGGUGGAGUCGUUACGCCUCUUGUUCGUUCUCUGCCUGACAAUUUUGAUCUUUCCAAGGUCCUUGAGCAGAAUCUGCUCAAGCCCCUUUUGUCAAAUGCAAAAUCUACCAAUGCAGCUAUUCGUGCUGGCUCUUUGGAUGCGUUCAGCGCUCUGGUCAACAAGUCUAGUGACACGGCGUCCUUGGAAAAAGUCAUCAACGAGGUUGCGACACCCCUGAAAUCCGGCAAACUUGCAUCUCCUGACCACCGUGUACUGCAUGCGCAAAUGCUUCAGACUGCACCUCUGUCAAAAGCAAGUGCCGAGCAAGUCGCGAACGCAGUUUCAGUCAUCGCUGCCAAGGAAGGAAAUGAGGGCGCUUUAGCUGCGGAGACUUCAGCCUUAGCAAAAGCGGUUUCUUUCUUAUUGACCAACGAUGCCGAGGUCCCCAAAAGUGUCCUGGAAUCCGUUACCAAGGGGCUUACUGAGAAGAAAAUCCCUUCUCGGAAGUACUGGUUGCUCCGUGUCGGUGCUAUCUUGCAAUCCCUCGAUGAAGUGCAAUCAGUAUCUUCGGGAAUGGCUGCUUUUGUGGAUGCAGUGACACCAAAAAUCAUUACCACUUUCACAGAGGUGACAGCAAAUGCAGCUAGCGCUGCUCAGAACGGCCUUAUUGUUGGUGCCUACAUUCUGACGGCUGUAAGGACACAUAUUCAGCGCUUGCUUCCUGGUUCUGCAGCCGAUUCAAGCAUAGCAAAAUCAUCGGUUAUCAAGCAAUCGUUGUCCUUGGAUCCUAAGUCAUCCUUCCUCCUCAGCCCUCGAAUCUACUCUAAGGUCACAGCCGAUGAGGAUCUUAAGUGGUUUUCACGUGCUCUAGAUUCCAUCUUUCAAAGUCUUGACCAGAAUACUGAUAAUCAGGUUGCCCUCGCUUGGUCUGAAGCAAUUAUUCACCUAGUCACCGCUCAGAGCGUUCCGGCAACUGUUCAGCAGGAGACUUCCAAGACCCUUUCCAAUUUGUACGUUCGUAGUCCAAAACUGGUAUCAGGUUUCAUUAUCGACGGCCUUUGGGAUUAUCUAAAGCACUCUGGAUCUCCUGAUAAGGAACCGUCAUCAGGUGCUCACAACUUGAUCCAGGUUGUGAAAGCUAUCUGCUUGACUCCUAGUGAUAUCGAAAAGUCCGGGGAAACCAUCAACACGGAGGAUCUCGAGAUACAAGCAAACAAUCUCCUUGUUCUGGCGCGCCCAGAGCUAAUCCCUAGGGCAAAUUGGAUCGACUUGUGCCUCAGGAUGGAACUGGAUCCUGGCAAUCUAGUCAAGAAGUACCAAGACGAGCUUGUGACAGAAAUAGAGAAUCAAACGUCGUUCUAUCAGAAGGUUGACGCCAUCAAGAAAGCUGCGUAUAACGCAGCUGCUGACUUGGCUUUUGUUGCUCCUGAAACCAUUAUUCCACGCCUGCUGGAGACUCUCCGCCGCGAUCUUGACGCCGAGCAACUCCACGAUAUUGGCCCUGUUGAAGCGGCUAUCUUUAGAACACCCGAGGGUACUGUGUUCGUUGACGUGCUUGCAAAGAAGUCUCAGCAAGUCUUGGACAAAAAUAAGAAGGACUAUGACAUUCUCAAAUGGGAGGAAGAGCUUAGGAGUCAGCUUGAAAAAAAGAAAGGCCAACAGAAAAAGCUGACCCCAGAGGAGAACGCAAAAGUCAACGCUCAGCUCAAGAAAGAGAGCCUGAUCAGACAAACUAUAACCGAGAUCGAGGCAAGGCUUUUGCGGGGCAUUGGCAUUAUCCGAAGCCUCGCCACUGGUCCACCAACAGAUGCAGCCCAGUGGCUUGGUACUGCAGUUUCACUCUUGAUUGGUAUCAUGGACGCUGGUGCCACCAUGAUCACUGGUGAUGCAGCACCAUUGACUUACAUAACUUGCGCAGAGAAGGUUACAGAGCGCCUAGGCUCGAUGAGGCCUUUCGUCGGUGUCGCGGCCCUCAGGCUGCGCGGCGUGUCGCUGGCAGAGAACUAUCAAGAGGAAGCUGUUGAAGACUUGGUAACAAGAGUUUUGUACCGUUUGCGAUUUGCCGGCGAGCAGCGACCUUUCGAUUCUGUAUCACUCAUCUACGCGCUGCCGCUCGUGCUGGAGCUUCUCCGUAAAGGCGGAGUUGGUGAUUCGGCCGAUGAUGCAGAUGCUCAGCUGGUAUUGGCCAUCGAGUUCCUCUCAUACCAUACAGAUGUCUGUAGUGAUGAGGCUGUUCCUCGUGCCGAGAUUCUUUCAGUUCUUAUCACUUCUAUGCAGGCAUAUGCUCAGCAUUACAAACUCCUCAGGGACUGUUUUGCUGAUAUGUGCCGCUGCAUCGCACCAAACAUGGACCGUGAGGAGAUGGUUAUUCUUGCAAAGGGUGCGCUGGUGCCUGAAACUCGAGUCAGAUCAACGGUGUUGCAAUCCAUUAGCGCUGAAAUCGACAUGAGCGAGCUUGGCUACUCUGAUGAAAUUUGGAUCGCUGCUCAUGACGAUGAGGAAGAAAACCAAGAUCUCGGCCGGGAGAUAUGGGAGGAGAGUGGCUUCGAAGUGACGCCAGAGGUGCCACUUAAGAUGGUACCUUUCCUCGAGAGCAAAGACGGGCAGUUACGCCGUGCCGCUGCUCGCUCCCUGGCUGAAGCAGCUAGCUUACAUAAUGAGUCCUUGGAUGCGGUGCUUGACCAGCUCAAAGCCACUUAUGUCGAGCUUGCCAAACCCCGGGUUCAGCAGCUUGAUGAGUUCGGCAUGCCCAAAAAGAUGGAUCUGUCUGAUCCUUGGGAAGGAAGGCAAGGUAUCGCUACAGCUUUCAAAGAGAUUGCUCCAGUUUUCAAAGUUGAUCAGCUGGAUCCUUUCUUUGACUUCCUCAUUGAUGCUGGUCCUCUCGGAGACAAGAACGAUGCAGUGAGAGGUGAGAUGCUGGAUGCCUCGAUCAAGGCCAUUGAAAUCCAUGGCAAAGGCAUCCUUGACGAGCUCAUGUCAAAAUUCGAACAGACCUUGGAACAACCAGACAAGAACAGCGAUGCGGCUGAUCGUGUCAACGAGGCAGUGAUCAUUAUGUACGGUGCCUUGGCUCGCCACUUGAGCCCUGGUGAUCCCAAGAUACCUAUCGUUAUCGACCGUCUCGUGGCAACUCUAAGUACGCCCUCGGAGACGGUACAAUAUGCCAUCGCUGAGUGUCUGCCUCCCCUAAUUCGAGCCUGCCCUGACCAGUCUUCCAAGUACUUUGGUCAAAUUAUGGAGCAGCUGCUCACUUCUAAAAAGUACGCCGUUCAGCGAGGUUCAGCUUAUGGUCUGGCUGGUCUUGUAAUGGGCAGAGGUAUCGCGGCACUAAGAGAGUACCGAAUUCUGUCAACUCUCACUGACGCAAUGGAAAACAAAAAGGAGGCAAAUCAGCGUGAGGCCGCUCUGCUAGCAUACGAACUUCUUUCAACUAUGCUAGGACGUGUCUUUGAACCUUACGUGAUCCAGAUUGUACCCCAGCUGCUGACAGGCUUUGGUGAUGCUAACGCGAAUGUUCGUGAAGCCUGUCUAGCAGCAGCCAAGUCGUGCUUCGCGAAGCUAAGCUCUUACGGUGUGAAGAGAAUCAUGCCAACUCUGCUUGAUGGGCUUGAAGAGCAACAAUGGAGGAGCAAGAAGGGUGCUUGCGACCUUCUUGGCGCAAUGGCAUAUCUCGAUCCGCAGCAGCUCGCCAACAGUCUGCCGGACAUCAUCCCCCCUCUGACGGGUGUGCUGAACGACAGCCACAAGGAGGUCAGAGCUGCCGCAAACCGAAGCUUGAAGAGGUUUGGCGAAGUCAUCAACAAUCCAGAAAUUAAAUCGUUGGUCGACAUUAUUCUGAAGGCUCUGAGUGACCCUACAAAGUAUACAGAUGAAGCUCUGGACUCGCUCAUCAAGGUCCAGUUUGUUCAUUACCUCGAUGCUCCAUCUUUGGCGUUGGUCACUCGCAUUCUGCAGCGUGGUUUGGGCGACCGUUCCAAUACCAAGCGCAAGGCAGCUCAGGUUAUUGGCAGCUUGGCCCAUCUGACCGAAAAGAAGGAUGUGGUUAUGCAUUUGCCGGUACUUGUGGCUGGUCUAAAGGUUGCCGUUGUCGACCCUGUGCCUACCACUCGAGCGACGGCUUCCAGAGCGUUGGGUUCUUUGGUCGAGAAGCUUGGAGAAGAUACACUUCCCGAUCUUAUCCCUGGUCUGAUGCAGACUCUCAAAUCAGAUACUGGCGCUGGAGAUCGGUUGGGAUCUGCUCAGGCUCUUAGCGAGGUGCUCGCAGGACUGGGAACGACAAGACUGGAGGAGACCCUUCCUACCAUUCUUCAAAAUGUCGAAUCCUCAAAGCCCGCCGUUCGCGAAGGCUUUAUGUCACUUUUUAUCUUCCUUCCUGUCUGUUUUGGCAACAGUUUCUCUAAUUACUUGGGUCGCAUUGUACCACCUAUUCUGGCCGGUCUUGCCGACGAUGUCGAGUCGAUCCGUGAAACCGCACUACGUGCAGGUCGUCUACUAGUCAAGAAUUUCGCUGCUCGUGCUGUCGAUCUUCUCCUUCCAGAACUCGAACGCGGCCUUGCGGAUGACAGCUACAGAAUCCGACUUAGCUCUGUCGAACUUGUGGGAGAUCUUCUCUUCAACCUUACAGGUAUCAAGGCUGGCACCGAGGCUGAUGACAUUGAGGAGGACGAGAACAUUAAAGAAGCAGGUGCUUCUUUGAAGGAAACACUCGGCGAGGAGAAGCGGAAUAAGAUCCUUUCUGCACUCUACGUGUGCCGCUGCGAUACAGCUGGUGCCGUCCGCUCGGCCGCUAUUGCUGUCUGGAAGGUUCUUGUUCACAGCCCCAGAACCCUGAAGGAGCUUGUGCCAACCCUUACACAACUUCUUAUCCGUCGCUUGGGAAGUUCCAAUAUGGAACACAAGGUCAUCGCCAGCAAUGCCCUUGGAGAACUGAUCCGAAAGGCUGGAGAUAGUGUUCUCUCCAGUCUCCUCCCCACUUUGGAAGAAGGCCUUCAGACAUCCACAGAUGUUGACGCUAAGCAGGGUAUUUGCUUUGCUCUGAGGGAGCUUAUUUCAUCUGCUUCACCGGAGGCUCUUGAGGAUCACGAAAAGACCCUCAUUUCCGUUGUUCGUACCGCACUGACGGAUUCUGAUGAGAAUGUCCGAGAAGCCGCUGCUGAAGCAUUUGAUUCGCUUCAGCAAAUCUUUGGCAAGCGAGCAGUUGAUCAAGUUCUUCCUUUCCUUCUCAACCUAUUGCGUUCCGAGGAUGAAGCAGACAAUGCUCUGCAGGCACUCCUGACCCUGCUUACUGAGACGACUCGCUCGAAUAUUAUCCUGCCAAACCUCAUCCCAACCCUCACGACACCUCCCAUAUCAGCAUUCGAUGCUAAGGCUCUUGCCUCUCUGUCCAAGGUUGCUGGUCCUGCGAUGAACCGUCGCCUACCCAACAUUAUCAAUUCGCUUAUGGAUAACGAGAUAAAUUGUGAGGAUGAUGGGCUUCGUGAAGAGCUGGCGACGUCCUUCGACACCGUCAUUCAGUCGAUCGACGAAUACGAUGGGCUGAACACAGUCAUGAACGUUCUCCUGCAGCUUCUCAAACACGAGGAUCACCGACGCCGAGCGGCUACUGCUCGCCAUUUGGGCAACUUUUUCACCGCUGCCAGCGUGGACUAUUCCAGAUAUAACCAGGAUAUCAUUCGUUCAUUGCUUAACUCCUUUGAUGAUAGAGAUGCCGAUGUCGUCAAGGCCGCGUGGGUGGCUCUCAGCGCGUUCACAAAGAAGCUGCGAAAGGAGGAGAUGGAGUCGCUUGUCAUUUCUACUCGACAAACUCUUCAGCGUAUCGGGGUCGCAGGAGCAAACCUGCGCGGCUUCGAGCUACCCAAGGGUAUCAAUGCCAUUCUACCAAUCUUCCUGCAAGGUUUGAUGAAUGGCACUGCAGACCAAAGAGUUCAAGCUGCUCUUGGUAUUUCCGACAUCGUUGACAGAACAAGCGAGGCCUCUCUGAAGCCAUUCGUGACCCAGAUUACCGGUCCCCUGAUCCGUGUCGUUUCAGAACGAGCUACUGAAGUCAAGUCAGCAAUCCUCCUGACCCUCAAUAAUCUCCUGGACAAGAUGCCUGCGGCACUGAAGCCUUUCCUUCCACAGCUUCAACGUACAUUUGCCAAGUCUCUUGCGGACCCAUCCAGUGAGACUUUGAGAACACGGGCUGCCAAGGCACUGGGUACUUUGAUCAAGUAUACGCCCCGUAUCGAUCCGUUGAUUGCCGAGCUAGUUACUGGAUCAAAGACAGCCGAUCCUGGUGUCAAGACAGCCAUGCUCAAGGCCUUGUAUGAAGUUAUCAGUAAAGCGGGUGCGAACAUGGGUGAAGCAUCACGGGCUUCUGUCUUGUCACUUAUCGACAUGGAUACGGACGAGAGGGAUGAGACCAUGACCAUCACUAAUGCCAAGCUGUUGGGUGCUCUCAUCAAGAAUGUUCCUGAGGAAGCUGCUCUUGGUUUAUUGAAGAACCGCGUAGCGACCUCGCACUUUACUCAUUCAUCUGUCCUUGCCCUGAACUCGGUCCUUGCUGAAUCGCCAGACGCGCUGCUUCAAAGCCCCUUGGCUGACGACUUGCCCGAUUUGCUGUGCCAGGGCGUCACCAACAAGAAUGUAUUUGUUGCAGACAACUGCAUUCUGGCAACUGGUAAGUACUUGCUAUCAGAUUCUGCCAAAACAUUUGAGACUACAAAAGGGAUUUUUGAGGCUCUUGCCUCUGUAAUCCAACCUGGCAACGCAACCGACUCGCGCAGACUUGCGCUGGUUGUCGUUCGUACUGUCAGUCGCAAUGAUAUGGAAAUGGUCCGACCUCAUAUCGCUCUAUUAGCACAGCCCAUAUUUGCCAGCGUUCGCGACCCUGUUAUUCCCGUCAAGCUCGCCGCUGAGGCGGCAUUUGUGGAGCUUUUCAAUGUGGCUGAUGAAGAGAGCCGCAUCUUCGAUAAAUUCAUGGCUGGUCCAGGAGCGGAUCUGCCAGCCAACACCAAGAGGAGCAUGGGAGACUAUUUUAAACGUGUCGCCAUGAGGCUAGGCUCCCAGGCCCGCGAGAGGCGCGAGGCUGAGGGUGGACAAGGGGGACUAGGACUGUCCAACGAUGAAGCUGAGGAUGAGAAGGAGAUUUGGAGUGUGGGAAAAGUUGAUGUGGGCAGCGAAGCCUUCUCAUAG